UUGGGUCUCCAGUGUGUCCAGCCAUCGAGCUUUGGAUCUUUCUAUACACUUGUACAUGUCGGUGACAUUUGCAGACAAAAAAAGUUAAACUGUCAAGGAAUUCAUACCAUUUUCUACCUGUUACUUGGAACAACUUAAGGAGUCUUUGAUUUAUCAGAUCAGUUGGCAACAGAAAAUGAAGAGUAGCGUGGCACAGAUAAAACAUUCUUCUGGUCAUGACAGAAGGGAAAAUUAUAAUUCCUAUCAGAGAACCUCUUCUCCAGAAGACAGAUAUGCAGAACAAGAAAGAUCCCCUCGGGAUAGAGAUCACUUUGAUUACAACAGGUCAGACUAUGAGCAUUCAAGAAGAGGGCGUUCUUAUGAUAGUAGCAUGGAGUCACGAAGUAGGGACCGAGAAAAACGCAGAGAAAGAGAAAGAGAUAUGGAUCGUAAAAGGUCUUGGAAAUCCCCAACUCCUGGGAGAAGAAGCCCAGAACCAUCAGUAACCCAGAGUUCCUCUGCUCAGGAUGAACCUACUGCAAAGAAGAAGAAAGAUGAGCUGGAUCCUCUUCUUACUCGCACGGGUGGAGCAUAUAUUCCUCCUGCAAAGCUCAGGAUGAUGCAAGAGCAAAUUACAGAUAAAAACAGCUUGGCAUACCAGAGGAUGAGCUGGGAGGCCCUAAAGAAGUCAAUCAAUGGUCUUAUCAACAAAGUUAACAUCUCUAAUAUAGGUAUUAUUAUUCAAGAACUUCUUCAAGAAAACAUAGUUAGGGGAAGAGGCCUGCUGUCCAGAUCUGUUUUGCAAGCGCAGAGUGCUUCUCCAAUCUUCACCCAUGUUUAUGCAGCGUUAGUGGCAAUUAUCAACUCAAAAUUUCCACAGAUUGGGGAAUUAAUCCUUAAGAGGUUAAUUCUUAAUUUCCGAAAAGGCUAUCGAAGAAAUGAUAAGCAACUUUGUCUUACCGCUUCAAAAUUUGUGGCACAUCUUAUUAACCAAAAUGUGGCACAUGAAGUUUUAUGCCUAGAGAUGCUCACUUUGCUCCUAGAAAGACCAACAGAUGAUAGUGUUGAAGUAGCUAUUGGUUUUCUCAAGGAAUGUGGCCUCAAAUUAACACAAGUGUCACCAAGAGGAAUCAAUGCUAUAUUUGAGCGCCUCCGAAACAUUCUCCAUGAGUCUGAAAUUGACAAAAGAGUUCAAUAUAUGAUUGAAGUGAUGUUUGCUGUACGGAAGGAUGGAUUCAAGGACCACCCAGUUAUCCUAGAAGGCCUUGACUUAGUGGAAGAAGAUGAUCAGUUUACCCAUAUGCUCCCUUUGGAAGAUGACUAUAAUCCAGAAGAUGUUCUUAAUGUUUUCAAGAUGGAUCCUAAUUUUAUGGAGAAUGAAGAGAAAUACAAAGCUAUUAAGAAAGAAAUUCUUGAUGAGGGAGAUAGUGACUCAAACACAGACCAAGAUGCUGGAAGUAGUGAAGAGGAAGAGGAAGAAGAGGAUGAAGAGGGAGAAGAAGAUGAAGAAGGACAGAAAGUGACUAUUCAUGACAAAACAGAAAUUAAUCUAGUCUCAUUUCGUCGUACAAUUUAUCUUGCUAUUCAGUCAAGUUUAGAUUUUGAAGAAUGUGCACACAAAUUGCUUAAAAUGGAGUUCCCUGAAAGCCAAACAAAAGAACUCUGCAACAUGAUACUUGACUGUUGUGCCCAACAAAGGACAUAUGAGAAAUUUUUUGGCUUAUUAGCUGGGCGAUUUUGCAUGCUAAAAAAAGAAUACAUGGAAUCCUUUGAAAGUAUAUUCAAAGAACAAUAUGAUACCAUCCAUCGCUUGGAAACAAACAAAUUGAGAAAUGUUGCCAAGAUGUUUGCUCACCUUUUGUACACUGAUUCACUUCCAUGGAGUGUUCUUGAAUGUAUAAAGCUAAGUGAAGAAACCACUACAUCGUCCAGUAGAAUUUUUGUUAAAAUAUUUUUCCAAGAACUGUGUGAAUAUAUGGGUCUUCCUAAACUUAAUGCAAGAUUAAAGGAUGAAACCCUACAGCCAUUUUUUGAAGGGUUAUUACCCCGAGAUAAUCCAAGAAACACUCGGUUUGCCAUCAACUUCUUCACUUCAAUAGGUCUUGGAGGUUUAACGGAUGAAUUGCGUGAGCAUCUCAAAAACACACCGAAGGUCAUUGUGGCACAGAAACCAGAUGUUGAGGCAAAUAAAUCCCCUUCUUCUUCCUCUUCCUCUUCCGCGUCCUCCUCUUCAGAGUCGGCCUCCUCUGCCUCUGACUCGGACAGCAGUGACAGUAGUUCAGAGUCUUCCAGCGAAGACAGCGGGUCUUCAUCCAGCAGUAGUCAGAGCUCUGCCUCAGAUAAAGAUAGAAGAAAGAAGGGACAAGGAAACACCAGAAGUAAGGAAGUAGAUAAAUUGAUCAGGAAACAACAGACCCAUGAUAGGAAACAAGAAGAAAGAAGGCCAGAGCAAAGGCAUCGGGAAACACGGACUGAAAGAGAAAGAAGGUCAGAAAAACAUAAAGAUAAAAAUUCAAGGGAUCCAAAUUGGAGAGAUCCCAUAACAAAGUACACUUCAGACAGAGGUGUUCCUUCGGAACGAAAUAGUUACAGUAGAAUCAUGAAUGACAGAGACCAAGAAGCACACACAGAUUUGGAAAAUAAGUAUGGUGAUCCUAAAAAGAAGAGAGGAGAGAGAAGAAACUCUUUUUCUGAAAAUGAGCACAGACACCGAAAUAAAGACUAUGAAAAUGUUACAAGAAAAGAUAGAUCAAAGUCAAGAGAAAAGAAUAGAAAACAUUCAGGUUCUAGAAGUGAUGAAGAUAGGUAUCAGAAUGGUGCCGAAAGGCGAUGGGAAAAAUCUAGUAGAUACUCUAAACAAUCCAGAGAAUCAAACAAACAUCAGGACUGGCGAAGAGAAAAGUCUCCAACAAAGCAAAAAAAAUAGUUCUACAAAAUUACAGAAACUGAACAUGCCUUAUAUUCAGUUGAAACAAAUUAUUUUUUAUAUUAACGAACUUUAUAAGAAUUCUUGUAUAAAGUACUGGUUUGUAUUUGUACAUUUAAAAAUUUUUUCAUUUUAACAUGUUUUAUAAUUGGUACAUCUCAAGGCCCUCCACAUAAAAUUAUUUGAGAAGUUUCACCAGAGAGGGAUGUAAUUCUUGCUUAUAUUUUGUUAAUAAAAUGAUCAAAUGCUCAUUGAAUCAGUGAUUUUUUUCAUU